AUGUCUCUCGCCAACACCGCACUCAUCCUCGGUGCUCUCACCGCCGGCGGAGGCAUCACAGGCUACAUCCGCACCGGCUCUAUCCCAUCCAUCGCCGCCGGCGUCACCGUCGGCCUGCUGUACAUUUUCGGCGGCCUGCGCAUCCAGAACCGCAACCCGUACGGUGUUGAGCUCGCCCUGCUUGCGUCGCUUGUCCUCGCCGGCAGCUCGAUUCCCCGCGCCAUCAAGUCGGGUAAGCCGCUGCCCAUUGGCUUGAGCUUGUUGGCUACCUUUGGUCUGUAUACGUUUGGUACUGCGUUUCAGCGGGGAAGCGCGAGGGUCUGA